AUGGGUUUCCUUCGCAACAAGUCUGCCCCCGCCGAGGCUCAGUCCCCGGCGGACAUCACUCCCGCCGAGACCACUCCGGCCCAGACUCCUGGCGGUCUCACUCCUGCCUACCAGAGUCGCCAAGGUUCCUCCACCAACCUGUCCAUCUACUCUCAGACAAAGAGGGACACUCAAUUCAUCCACGAAAUCAGACACGACAUCAUCAUCAACCACCUGUACGAGAAGCAGGUCGGCUCGAGAUGGAUUCAGGACUUCAGCGGUGAGGUCGAGGGUGUCAUGCUCAAGAAGGCUCGUGGAGAGUACAUCACCUUCCCCGAGCCUCUCGUCGAGAGCAACCUGGCCCAGUCCAUUGCCACUCUGAAUGUUCAGUCUGCCAUGACGGUCAAGACCAAGGUCGUUUCCACUUUCAUCGCCCGUGCACAGGACGCCGAGAUCCCCAUCCGCAAGGGUCUCCGCAUCCAGAUCAUCCCCACCAUCGAAGAACUCGUCUACGCCCGCAAGCAUCAGUAUGCCGCCUUUGUGGCCAGCGAGUCGCUCCUGGUCGUGUGGGAUGACAACCCGGAGAACCUUGCCACCAGGGCCGAGAGCAUCCAGGAAGACCUCCUGAAGUCUGCCAUGUCCUCGUACGAGGCCGGCUUCGGUGAGAAGGGUGCCGUUGUCGACGAGGCUGAGGUCGAUGUCGAGGCUGCCGCCGAGAAGGAGCGCCCUACCGUCUACUACAACUCCAUGUGUACCGCCGUUUCGCUCGCAAUCCUGGUCACCCUGUCCGGCCUUGGUUGGCAGCAAAUCGCACGAGAGGUGUCGCUGCUCAAGAGCUACAUGUCCAUUCUCCUGGUUCUCAUGACGCCCAUCAACUGGUUCUUCGCCUUGUUCUUCACAAACGUCAUUGUCUCCAUCUUCGGUCGUCUCUUCGGUCCUGUGUCCUACCUCGAGCAGAACUCCAAGUUCUACUCGGCCAAGUGCAGCCCGAGGAUCGAGAAGUCUUUCAACGGCAGCCUUCCUCACGUCACCAUUCAGUGCCCCGUCUACAAGGAGGGUCUCGACUCCGUCAUUGCCCCCACUGUCCGCUCCAUCAAGAAGGCUAUUUCGACCUACGAGCUUCAGGGUGGAACUGCCAACAUCCUCAUCCACGACGACGGUAUCCAGCUCAUUGACGAGGACGCGAGGCAAGCCCGCAUCGACUUCUACACGGACCACAACAUCGGUUGGACUGCCCGCCCCAAGCAUGGUGAGGAUGGCUUCGUUCGUCGCGGAAAGUUCAAGAAGGCCUCCAACAUGAACUUCGGACUUCGCCUUUCCAACCUCGUCGAGACCAAGCUCCAGGCUAUUUCCCGUGGCGACGGCUGGACCUCGAGGGAGGAGAACGAGGCCUACGACCUCUGCCUUGCUCAGGUCCUGGAAGAGGAAAAAGUUGCGUGGGCCGCCGGUAACAUUCGCGUUGGUGACUACAUCAUCAUCAUCGAUUCCGACACCGAGGUUCCUGAGGACUGUAUUCUCGAUGCUGUUUCCGAGAUGGAGCACUCUCCCGACGUCGCCAUCAUCCAGUUCGCCUCCGGUGUCAUGCAGGUCUCCUGGGAUUUCUUCGAGAACGGUAUCACGUUCUUCACCAACCUCAUCUACUCGGCCAUCUGCUUCGGUGUUGCUUCCGGAGAUGUCGCUCCCUUCGUCGGUCACAACGCCAUUCUUCGCUGGUCCGCUGUCCAACAGGUCUCGUUCAUCGACGACCAGGGCGAGGAACGCUUCUGGUCUGAGACGUCCGUCUCUGAGGAUUUCGACAUGGCUCUGCGUCUGCAGAUUGAGGGUUACGUUGUUCGCCUGGCUGCCUGGGCUAACGGUGGCUUCAAGGAGGGUGUCUCUCUGACUGUCUACGACGAGCUUGCUCGCUGGGAGAAGUACGCCUACGGUUGCAACGAGCUCAUGUUCAACCCCUUCUACCAGUGGAUCUACAGGGGCCCCUUCACUCCCCUGUUCCGCACCUUCAUCGGUUCCUCGAUGCCUCUCGCGUCCAAGCUUAACAUCAUCUCCUACAUCGGUACCUACUACGCCAUUGGCGCCGCCUGGAUCUUCACCUGCGCAAACUACAUCGUCGUCGGCGAGUUCAACGGUUACUACGACAAGUACUACCUCGAGUCCUGGAAGGUCUGGACCUCGGUCAUCUUCGUCUUCACCAUCUGCGGAAACGUCGCCCUGGCUGUUGAGCGCUACCGUCUUGCCCAGAAGAGCCUGAUCGGAUCUCUGAUCGAGAACUUCAAGUGGUGCUUCAUGUUCGUCAUCUUCUUCGGCGGCAUCUCGUUCCACGUCUCGCAGGCCCUUCUCAGCCACAUGUUCUGCAUCGACAUGCAGUGGGGUGCCACGGCCAAGGAAGUCGAGCGUUCCAACUUCUUCCUUGAGGUUCCCAAGAUCGCCAAGAAGUUCAAGUUCAGCAUGCUCUUCUGCUUUGCGCUGAUCGCUGGUAUGGUCAUCAUGGCGAGGGGCCCGUUCAUCCCUUGGAGCUGGGAGAUCACUGAGUUCGUCGCCAUCUUCCCCAUGGCGGUCAUGGUGGCAUGCCACAUCCUGCUCCCCAUCGUGCUCAACCCGAGCUUGAUGGCCUUUACUUUCUAA